AACAUACACAUAUAUAUAAAAUGAUAACUGCACUACGGCAUUGUGUAUUCCUUUUUCCUGAACCACCAGUGAAUACAAUGUUCACGAACGAUGUAACCCUUUAAACCUGAAAAUGAUAAACAUGUGAUUUGCAAGACAUGGUUAACAAGGUGACAAGCAUAUCUACAUGAACUGUUUUAUCAGUGUAUAGUUAUCUGGGGACUCUUAAACUCACUGGCCAGGGACGAGGUGCAAGCCAGUAGCGCAUGUGACUACUCAUGCUGUUGAAUAAUAAAUUAUCUGAUCGCAGACCGUUGUAAUAUCGGUUCUUGGUUCCAAGUUCAAUGUAUGUUUGGUAUUCACAUAUAAUAUUUGCUAUCAAAUACUUGCGCAGGCAUAUAGAUCAAUCAUUUUAGGCUGGUUACUCUAAGGUUAAACAUGGCACCAGCAGGGUUCUCCCUACUGACACUGGCUUCCCUCAUCGCCCUCAGCGUGGGAUACCAAACAUUCCAGAGCAGUAUCCCUAACGGGAACGCGGUACCAGACCCGUGCAAGCCGGGCAGUCUGUGGGGUGGUGUCGGUCACUGGAGCCCUCAAGGGUAUAAUGCACGAAACCCAUUCGGAUUAGCUUUCCAGGCCAAUGGAAAUUCAUGGUCUAAAGCCCUAUGUCAGGCAGACAGCGACGGCGAUGGCAGACCAAACGGACUAGAACUGGGCGAUCCUAACUGUACCUGGACCUCAGGGACCACUCCCCCGCUGAGCAGCGGCCUCAGUCAUCCCGGGAUCUGUGAGCCGCCAGCGAGCUCACUCUGCAGGAAGCUGAACACCGUCAACGUUUGUGCAUUGAGCUCGAAUGGAGCUCCUUCAAUCAGCUUGUCGUUCUUGCUGUUCGCUAUGGCAUCAUUGGUCUCCAUCAUCGCUUUCAGAAGAACGGCAUUCCGAUUUUGAUAAAUAUAUG